AUGUGGACCAUGGCCAGCCUUGUUCGCCAAAGGCAUGACAAAGGAGCCUUGGUCUCAGCCAUCCAGGUGGACCUGGUGGAGGGCAAACGGCUGAUUGAGCUUCCGUCGGGGGUCAGGUGCAUGUGGAACGACCUGCCGCACGGCCUCCAGUUCGCGAUUCUCUUUCUGAUGCUGGGCAUUCUGUACGGAGUCAAUCGACUCUUCGACAAAGCCGACGAGGCUAUGUACUCUCGCCUGACCUGCGCCACGGCAGAGCUACUGAGAGAGAGGAGGCACCACGACGCUCCCCAAAUACUCUAGCUAGCCGAACAAGAAGCGGAGUCCACACGAGAGAAGAAACAAAUGCCCUGAGAAGGGUUUGGGUGUGGAUACGAGCCCGUGUCCGCAUUGGACCAUCGCUGUCAUCAGCGCACCGCGAUUGCCCCUCUCGGUUGACCGAAAGUUGCUGGGACUAGGACGCUAUCAGAUUCGUUCUCUGAACGGCGGUUCCCUGGAUCAGCAACGAGUGGGCGGUUUCUCGCUCGGUCUGGUAGCUAAAAUACAUGCAUGGGGGCACAUCUGUACGCUCUCGGUGUUCCUAGCACCCACGGAGAACUAGCCGAAGUGGAGGAAAUCGGGCCCUCCACACCCACCUACCUGCAGCCCCAUCUGCACCGACACCGUCUUGACGAUGGAGACAAAGACGGGUCUUUGUCUCCAACGUCAAUACGGUGUCUUGACUCCAAGGUUAUGACGUCCGAUUUCGAGCGGUGUUGGUGCAGAUGAGGCUGCAGGUGGGUGUGGAGGGCCCCAUUUCCUCCAUUUUGUCUUGUUCUCCGUGGGUGCUAGGAACGCCGAAAGGGCAGAGAUGCCCCCCAUGACAUUGGAGACGAGACUCCAAUUUUUGCGCGUGCGCGGGUGAGCGCAUGCGCGCGAUAUUCCUGUUUUCCCAUGCUUUUGCCAGUAGAGAGGUACCAACGCUUGCGUGGGUCGCUCGAUCGAGGGAGAGACCUGUCACCACAGGUUCGGUGAUUUUCCUCAGAACAGUAACAGUUGACCGUAGUUGACACAGCUUCAGGUGGAUGCAGAAGUACUGUAGGAUCCUGCACUGGAAAACGGAUAUAUUAUCUGUAAAUUACAUACGGUAACCCCCCAGGGCCGAUUCACCCAGAGGGGAAUUCAUUGGAUUUCAUGCGUUUUCUUUCUGUCUUUCCUCCUUCGCAUUUAUUUUAGCAUCGCUCGUCGAUUUGCUUCAUUUUCAUAUCUACAUAUAUUUUCUCCCAUGUCUCGCCUAUGUACCUCUUUGUGUACAAAUCCGUAACCACGGGAGACCAAAUUGGAGCAUAGAAGGUACUCAGCAGCAAUCGGAAAGUGUUGUUACCGUUCAUUGCCGUGGUCCAUUUAUCUUUACUUUGUUUGUGGUGGGUAGAAGCAAAUUGCAACGCGUAGAUGCCAAGGAUGCCGGAAGAGGCUUGCCCCUGGUACCUCAUUUUCACUGCGGAUGACGGCCCGGUUGGCUGAGACCUGCAAUAUUCAAUUACCCAACGGUUGGCGAGGUCUACCGUAUUAAAUUUCCCCAACUUAUUGAUGAAAGGCAAGGGCCUUCGGUCGUGUUCACAUUUGGGUCACAAUAUUUUAGUGCACGUCUCACGUAUCAGUUCUAUAGUAAGUUAAGACCGGGAGUGUGUUUGUGCUUUUCUUGAUAUGAUAUCAUCAUCGAUCGGCAUUGCCACUGGCCGAUCAUGGCGCUAUGUCAAGGCACUACGCACUCCGACGUACAUAGUUUGAGAGAUGGUUACCCUUGCGUCGGGGUGAACAGGAGUGAACAUAUAUAUAUAGUGACGGUUGCUGAUCGACGAUGAUGAAAAUGAGCAAGGCUUUUUGUAUUUUUUUUGGUGAAGGCUGCCCACUAAAAAGAGUGAUCCGCUUGAAGGACGGCCCACUGGAGAGAAGAAUCUUCGUUUCCUCGUGGGUGCUUGAUUUUUUCCGGCGUUUACAGGUCAACCGUAAUUUUUUUAUGGAAGCGAGGG